UUCUGAGAAAGCAAACCCUGCACACACAAUGCUGCAGGCGCCUGAAGUAAAGUUCUCUAUUCAUCUGGAGCAAGCAACUUUUGGGAAUUGUUCUGAGCUCGCUUUGCUUUUCACUUUCUGAGAUCAGCACGCCAGAAGGGUAGUGAAAGAAAACGUAUUUAAAAAGAGAAGCUAGACACCAAGUGAGAAUAUUUAAAGCACUUCACGUUCUAAACCUUCUGAUUUCAAACAGAGGCAAGCCACGGCGGGUUACUUUAAAUCCAUGCUCCUAAAGAAUGACUUCGCUUGCUGUCUAAAAAAAGGAUUCUUUCAACCAACCAGUCCUGGAUCCCCGGUUUUUGUUGUGACUCCUGGAAGAAAAGAAUGCUUUCUCCUUGAGGAACCAGACUGCAACUUUACAGCCAAAUUUCAUGUUUCUUUUGGGGAAUUCCAUGACAAAGGAAAUACUUAUGAAGCCAUCCAAAGACCCCAAACAUUUGCAAAUAAAUUAGAGGUUAUAAAGUGAUCACCAUCUCAAUAGGAAAAAGAGGAAAAGGCUUCUACGGUCAGGAUUUCUACUUUGUAAAUCUAAAGCACCUUUAUAAUGGUAAGCAAUAACAGUGCCAACUGUUCCUAUGAUGACUCCUUUAAGUAUACUUUGUAUGGGUGCAUGUACAGCAUGGUGUUUGUGCUGGGGUUAAUCUCGAACUGUGUGGCCAUGUACAUUUUCUUAUGCACACUCAAAAUGCGAAAUGAAACGACAACGUAUAUGAUUAAUUUGGCGCUGUCGGAUUUGCUUUUCGUAUUUACCUUACCCUUCCGGAUUUUUUACUUUGCAACCCGAAACUGGCCUUUUGGAGAUGUACUUUGCAAGAUCUCAGUCAUGCUGUUUUAUACGAAUAUGUACGGAAGCAUUCUGUUCUUAACUUGUAUCAGUGUAGAUCGGUUUUUGGCUAUUCUCUACCCAUUUCGAUCCAAGACUCUCAGAACCAAGAAAAAUGCAAAAAUUGUUUGUUUUUCUGUGUGGCUGACUGUGAUAGGUGGCAGUGCACCAGCAGUCUUUUUUCAGUCUACCCACUCCCAGGGCAAAAACUCGACUGAAGAAGCGUGCUUUGAAAAUUUUCCGGAAGCCACGUGGAAAACCUAUCUCUCAAGGAUUGUAAUUUUCAUUGAAACAGUGGGGUUUUUCAUUCCAUUAAUCUUAAAUGUGACCUGUUCCAGUAUGGUGUUAAAGACUUUAAAUAAGCCAGUUACUCUAAGUAGAAGCAAACUAAACAAAACUAAAGUCCUAAAGAUGAUUUUUGUUCAUUUGGUCAUAUUUUGUUUUUGUUUUGUACCAUAUAAUAUCAACUUGAUAUUAUAUUCUCUUAUGAGAACACAAACGUUUGUUAACUGCUCAGUGGCUGCGGCAGUCAGGACUAUGUAUCCAAUCACUCUCUGUAUUGCAGUUUCAAACUGUUGUUUUGACCCUAUAAUUUACUACUUUACAUCGGACACUAUUCAAAAUUCAAUAAAAAUGAAGAACUGGUCUUCCAGGAAGAGUGAGUCCCGAUUCUCUGAAAUUCAAGGAACAGAGAAUUUUAUCCAGCACAAUCUGCAGAAUUUGAAAAGUAAAAUAUUUGAUAAUGAAUCUACAAUAUAAAAUACAUGAACUACUGGGACUUAACUGACCUGCACUGCCACAACUGUGAAAAGUGUUUUUUGUAUAAACUUCCAAUUCAUAGAGACAUUUAAAAUAUGAACAGUGCUUUAAAUAUCUAGAGUUCUUAGCAUUCAAAAAGCUACAGAAAAAUAUGUAUUAUGUAUUAAAAGUAUAUUCUGCUCUUAAUAGAUUCUAUAUUUGGUGAUCUAUUUUUCUAAGCUAUCCAUCUUGGUUUCAGUACCUCCCCUUACAUUUAAAACAUUCUUAAGGAAGCUGUUAAUGUUAGCUCACACAACAUGUAUCAAAGUCCAAAAGGGUUUUAAGAUUUAACAAAUUAUAAGUGAAGACCACCUGAUUAGCCCAGUGUCAUAUAAACUGCCACCAUAAUACUAGAACUAAGGACAUAAAGACAUAAGGGAAUGAGGUAUGAAAAAUAAUGGCAAAACCCCCCAGUAUUAAUAAUGAUAUUAGAUUCAGUUUGGAAUUAGAACUGAUAAUAUUAUUCCUUUAGGUAUCACUUUAGGUUUUUUCCUUCACAAAUAAAGUCAAAAGAGCUAAUUCUUUUGUGAAAGCUUUAAAGGUUCUUAUAUUUUUAAGCAAGAAAACUUAACAAAAUUUAUUCUAUAGUAGCAUGAAUAUAAGCUCACUUAGUUUAAGAAUUAAUCCUUAUUUAGGAUUGCAGAAACUAAAAAUUGUAAUUAAGUAGUAUGUUUUUGUCUUCAUUUCACGUACAAAAAAGUGCUAUGUGGUUUUAAAAUAUUCCUAGCCAAAUUACAGAUUUUGUAAUUUGAUAAGUACAAGCUUUAAACUUUCUUAUGGGAAAAAAAAUACACUACAAAUUGGGGUUGGGGAGAAGCACACAAAGUAUUUCUUUGCAAAGUAAAAUCUUUGUAAAAUGCUUUUGUUAGUAUCAUAAAUUGUAUUUAUAUAAGAAAAAAGUAAUGACUCAUGGAAGAUUGUUUAUGAUCCUCUUACAAAGAAUAUUUCAAGAUAUUCAGAGACUUUUUAGGAUCUGAAAUCUUAUGGAUUUGGAGGUUACUUAGCUUUAGGGCCACGGUAAAUUAAAAUGAGGCUAAUGAAGGACACUAUGAAUUCAGCUUUUCAAAAAAUAAAGACAACAAAACAAACCACCACUAAAGAGACAAGUAGAUUUUCAUUUCACUGAAUAAAAGAAACAAAAUAUAGGAUAUGGUCUUAAUGUGAAAACAAACCCAAUCACUGUAGCAAAAGCUUUUAAAAAAACUUUGUUACUUCCCAGUUUUGUUCUUUGCGUGCUGAAACAAAACUUCAAGCAAAUAGCCUACUUUUAGAUAACUGACAAAAUGUGAGCUUCCUGUUACAGAAUGACAUGCAAUAAAAUACCCUAAUAUUUUAUGAG